CUACAGCAGACAUUGCUGGUGGUCAGACAUUCACAUUGAGUCCACUUUCAGAAGCUGAGAAGGAAGAUAGCGAGCUGUGGGACAACAGUUUGGCCAAAGUCCGUCACAGACUCAUCAACAUUCGCAACGCAGGAACCAUAAUGCUAUGCUUCUACACCGUAAUCUACCUAAUCUAUGGUAUAACACGGCCCUUGAUCCAUACACAUGUUGCCUGGAAUGUCCUCUUCUGUGUCGUCUUCAAUCUGGACCCAGGUACACCCACGAUCUUUGCCUACUUCAUCUUCUCCAUUCUGUACCAUAUCAACACUGGUCCUCCUCGAUUGCGUGAAGUGUAUUCUGUGCCUCGACCGCCGAUGGUACAUGUACCAAACAUACGACCCAAUCGUCCCAUUAGCGAUUCCUAUCUCUUUGAGCUUCAUCGGACGAAUCCAACUGGAUUAGACAUUGACUUCACACAGUGGUCACCCUCCAAAGACUCGAUCAUGCGUUCUCUGGACUUGAAUCCAUCCUGUCGACUAGAUACGGUCGAUGAAAAGGAUACUGAAUCUAAUCAGGAUCAAGGCUCAAGCACGCAUACAGCCACUACCAUAAUAAGCCGCCCACCACAUUCACUGGCGCGUAAGAGCUUCAAUACUCUUGGCUGAAUAAUUUAUCCAUGCCACGCUCCCUUUUUGUUUGUAAAUUAUCAACCUUUUGAGGCCUUGUACAUUAUCCCAUCUCAUCUUUAAACUUUUAGCCGCUAAAUCUAACUACUAAUAUCCCUCUCCUGCAGAUCUAGCACCGUAUAUAUGUAUCAUCUCUUUAAUAAUCUUGAAAAACAACAACACUAGCCAGAAUAGUAAUGAAGCAUAAUCGAAGGCGGUCUUGAUUGACUGACUUUAUGUCCUUUUUUUU